AUGGCCAAACGCAUCGUCGCGCUUUUCUCCUCCUCGUCGUCUUCAAAAACUCUCGGUGGUGGUGGUUUUUCUGCCGCUGGUGCGAUGUGUGCGGGAGGGGGGAGACGCGCGUACGCGAAAGCGACGAAGAAAGCAUCGACGACGACGAGUGCAAAAGCAGUGAAGGAGAGUAAGAGAAAAAGUGUUGCGAAAACAACAACAACAACAACAACGGGAGGAGGAGGAGGAGCGAAGAAGAAGAAGAAGACUUCUGUGGUGAUGGCUGGAAAGAAGGAGAUGGGCGUGCGAACGGACGCGCCGCCGAAAGUGGAGAAAGUGCACGUUUUGCCGCACUUGCCGGUGGUGGUAAGGAACGCGCUGUCUUCUUCGUCGUCGGCGCCUUCUUUUGCCGCCGCGGCGGCGACGACGAGCGCGGCGGCGACGGCGGCGAGGAGUCGCGCUUCGACGACCGCUGGAGGCGGGCAUCGAACAGACGCGCCGCCGAGGAUGGAUAAAGUUACGGUUUUAUCGCACUUGCCGGCAAGAGCCGACGGAGGCUGGAUCGCUCCGUCUUCUUCGUCGACAUCGACGUCGUCGUCGACGACGACGAAAACGGUUGGAGCGGUUGGUGCGGCGGGUGGGGAGGGCGCGUCGGCGGCGGCGGCUUUUGAACAAAAGCAACAUCAAAACGUAAACGCAGAAGGAUUAGAUUUUAGUACCGUAGCGAGCGCUUUAGCUGGAAUGGCGAUCGUUGUCGGUGGAAUAUACUCGGUUGUCAGUUCAUCUUCUUCAGGUCGCGAGAGCGCAAAGAAUAAAAACAAGACAAAGAACCCGAAGAAGAACAGAGAAGAGCUGAAUGAUGGAGAAGGACACCACGAACCUUUGUUAGCGGAAGUCAAAGCGGCAACAAAAUCAGCGAUCGAGAGCAAAGAGGAUGACAAUACUACUUCGGCUGCACGAAACGCGAAAACGAAAAAGGAAGAGGAGGAAGAGAGAUUGGCGGAGGAUUUAUUGAUUCAAAAGUUGCGCGAAGACGCCGCAAAGUUAGUCGAAGAAGAAUUUACCAGAGCCUUCGUUCCGGAUGCCUCGACGUCUCCCACAUCAUCAUCAACAGCAGCAGCAGUAGCAGCAGCGUCAUCACCAUCGUCUUCCUCGUCGUCUUCUGAGGAGGCGUCUCGGCCACCACUGUACGAAGAAAAGGAAGUGGCGAAAGAGUUGGCGGAAGUUUUCGAAGCGGCGAGCGAGUUGCUGAUUAAGGUGAGUGCUCGUGCGCUCUAG